AUGACUGAAACACAUGCAUUGGAUUAUCAGAUAGAGAUUAAGGAUGACAAGCCUACCGAUCACAAAUUAGAUAUAGAUGCACUUACACCAAGAGAUGAGAAGGCAACUAAUCCAGCUGCAUUAUCUAGAAACCCAUUCAAGAGAAGAAGACAGAAGAGAAAAUUGAAUGCAUUGGAGAAGAUGAAAGACGAAAUUCCAGAUCCAAGAGAACCAAAAAUUGGAUUCAAAGAUCACUUGAUUCUACUGAAAUUAAUUGGUUUCAAGAAUUGGGUAUUGAUCUUUUUUGCAACUGUUGGUGCUGGAGGUGCAGGUGUUAUUGGUUUAUGCUUUCAAUUUAUUUUGGGAGAUUUGAUUAAUAGUUUGGCAACCAUCAUGUCAGAUUCAAAUGCAUUGAGAGAUGAAGUUAAUUCAAUUGCUGGAAAAUUUGCUAUUGUUGCUCUGGGUGCUGUGAUUGCAAACUUUAUGAAUCAAUUCUUUAAUACUUUGGCUUCAGAGACAAUCAGUAGAACAUUGAGACAGAAAUAUUUUGAAUCAUUGACAGCUCAAGAAAUGGCAUUCUUCGAUAUUAAGAAAGUUGGUCAACUGGCCUGCAUUUCCAGUGAUGAUGUUGCCAUUGUUCAAGAAAUUUACACUUCCAAAUGGUCAACCUUCUUCCAACAAGUAGUUCAAGUAGUGGUUGGUCUCAUUCUCGCAUUCAUCAGCUCUUGGAAGAUGUCUCUCGUCAUCAUUUCAACAAGUCCAAUUAUCUUUGUUUUGAUUUGUGGUGUUUCACAAGGUAUCAAGAAGUUGUCAAAGAAAACAUCAGAAGCAAAUGAACAUGCAUCUGCAAUUGCAACUGAAAUUGUUUCAUCAAUUAAGACCGUAAGAUCAAUGGGUGGAGAGCCAAAGGAAAGAAUUAGAUAUAGAAAUGAUUUGAAGAAAGUUCACAAGUAUGGUUUAUUCAAGUCCAUUCUUCAGGGAUUCGUUUUCUUCGUUUUGAGUUUCACCAUUUGGGGGACUGUUGCAUUGGCCUUUUGGUUUGGAGGUAAUUUAACCGUAGACGGUGAGAUUAGUAUCGGAAGCAUGUUUAGAGUCUUUGGUUUAUCAUUGAUGGCUGUCAUGGCUUUAUCAAAUGCUGGUACCUUCUUUACAGAAUAUGCCAAAGCCAUUCAAAGUCAAACUUCGUUAUUGAAGGUAAUUAGAAGAGUUCCUGAAAUUCCAUUCAAGGGUGGUAAAACAAUUGAAAAUCUCAAAGGUGAUAUCUCUAUUAAGAAUAUUGAUUUUAUCUAUCCAGCCAGACCAAACACCACGGUAUUGAAGAGCUUUAGUUUGGAAAUCAAAACUGGUCAAGCUGUUGCAUUUGUUGGUCCAUCUGGAUCUGGUAAAUCAACCAUUGUUGGAUUAAUUGAAAGAUUUUACAAUCCAGUUAAGGGUAACAUUUCGAUUGAUGGUGUUGAUAUUUCAGAAUUGGACCCAAUGUGGCUUCACCAAGUUGUUGGUAUUGUAAACCAAGAACCAACCCUUUUUGCUUGCUCAAUCAGAGAUAACAUUACGUAUGCUUGUAGAAGACCUGUCUCUCAAGAAGAAGUUGAAGAAGCUGCCAAAGCUGCCAAUUGCCAUAGUUUCAUUUCAGAUUUGCCAGAAGGAUAUACCACCUUGUUGGGUGAGAAGGGUGUUUCAUUGUCAGGCGGUCAAAAACAAAGAAUUGCCAUUGCUCGUGCCUUAUUACAAGAUCCAAAGAUUUUACUCUUGGAUGAAGCAACCUCUGCAUUGGACACUGAAUCAGAAACAUUGGUUCAAGCUGCUCUCGACAAAUUAAUGAAGGGAAGAACAACCAUUUGUAUCGCUCACAGACUUUCAACUGUUAAAAACUCAGACAUGCUGUGUGUUCUUUCUAAGGGAGUUCUCGUUGAGCAAGGAAAACAUGAAGAAUUGAUUCAAAUUCCAGAUGGUGUAUAUAAGAAGUUAGCCGAGAAGCAAAUGAUGUUUGCUCACUAA